UAUUAUCUCGAGUCCACAGAAAUGAUAAUAAUGGACUGUGAUGAAUGAGAUGAGAUUCCAUCGACACCAGUCAUUAAAAGCAUUACUUGAUUCUUUAGCUUAUCUAUUUUAAUUGUUUCAAAGUCGAGUUCCAUGGCGAUCUUUAGCAGCAAGCUCGUCCUUUCAUCCAUUGUCCUGAUCUGUUUUCUUUUUCCGGCGCCGGCAGUAUCCACCGGCAUCGACCACUGUGAAGGCACUCUGUACCCGGAGCUCUGCGUAUCCACCCUCUCCGCCAUCCCGGACAUCCACGCCAAGUCCCUCCCCGACGUCAUCUGCGCCACCAUCAAAGCCUCCAAGACCGCCGUCAAUGCCGCUAACAAGAACUGCUCCAUCUACCUCCGCCACCACAGCUACACCCUCGAUGGCCGCCAGCGCUACGCCAUCACCGACUGCCUCGACCUCUUCUCGCAGACCCUCAACCAGCUGUCCGCCGCCUGGUCCCACCUCUCCCGUGGCAACGCCUCCUCCCGCGUCGAAGACGUCCGCACCGUGCUCUCCGCCGCCAUCACCAACCAGUACACCUGCCUUGACGGCUUCGCCUACGUCGGCCACGAUGGCGGCUACCGCCAAGUCAUCGAGGGCCGGCUCUACCACGUGUCUCACAUGAUCAGCAACUCCCUGGCCAUGGUGAGGAAGAUACCGCGGAAGGUGCCUCGCCGUCGGGAGGCCCUGGAUGGGUACGGCUCGGUGGACGCCGCCAGAGGGUUCCCGGAGUGGGUGUCGAAGAAGGAUCGGAGGCUGCUGCAAGCGGCGACGAAUGAGACGAGUGUGGACCUGGUCGUGGCGAAGGACGGGAGCGGGAACUUCACGACGGUAAGCGAGGCAGUGGCGGCGGCGCCAAACAACAGUAAGCAGAGGUUCGUGAUCUACGUGAAGGCGGGGACGUAUCUGGAGAACGUGGAGGUGCCGAUGAGCAAGAAGAACUUGAUGUUGAUGGGCGAUGAGAUCAGAAAGACGGUGAUCAAAGCAAGCAGGAACGUGGUGGAUGGAUGGACCACCUUCCGAUCGGCCACUGUCGCGGUGGUGGGCGACGGAUUUUUGAUGCGCGACGUGACGGUGGAGAACUCGGCCGGGCCAAGCAAGCACCAGGCCGUCGCCCUCCGCGUAGGCGCCGACCUCUCCGCCUUCCACCGGUGCAGCUUCGUGGGAAAUCAGGACACCCUCUACGUCCACUCCCUCCGCCAGUUCUUCUACGACUGCGACGUCUACGGCACCAUCGACUUCAUCUUCGGCAACUCCGCCGUGGUGCUCCAGAAGUGCAGACUCUAUGCCCGCCGUCCUCUCCCCGGCCAGCAGAACUUUUUCACGGCACAGGCACGGGAGGACCCCAACCAGAACACCGGCAUCUCCGUUCACAGAUGCCAGGUCAAGGCGGCCGCCGACCUCUUACCGGUGCAAUCCAGCUUCCUCACCUAUCUCGGCCGGCCGUGGAGGGAGUACUCCCGCACUGUCUUCAUGAAGUCGUUCCUCGACAGCUUGAUCGAUCCGGCGGGGUGGUCGGAGUGGGACGGGAGCUUCGCGCUGAGCACUCUGUUUUACGGGGAAUACAAGAACAGUGGGCCGGGGGCGACAACCACCGGCCGGGUGAAGUGGCCGGGGUACAGGAUUAUCAACAGCUCCACCGAGGCGAAGGCGUUCACGGUAAAAUCCUUCAUCGAGGGGGAUCAGUGGUUGACUUCCGUGCCUUUUCUCCCUGGAUUAGCAUAAAUAGAAUCAUCGAUCGAUCGUUUAUAAUUAGAUGUCUGGAUGCUUUCAUUAAUUAGUUGGGAUCUUAAUUUAGUUUAGCAUUUUGAAUAAUUUGGCCUAAUUUCAUCAUGUACUCGAUCGCUACCUACUACCUACU